CUGCUGCCACCGCCUGGUGGGAGAGAUACGAGGAGUUUGUGGGGCUCAACGAGGUCCGAGAGGCCCAGGGGAACGUGGCGGAGGCCGAGAAGGUGUUCAUGGUGGCCCGGGGGCUUGUCCGCGAGGCUCAGGAGCAGCUGGAGGUGCAGCAGGCCAAGCUGAAGGAGGUGAGGGGCCGCCUGGACCGCAUCUCCAAGGAGGACAGCCAGUACCUGGAGCUGGCCACCCUGGAGCACCGCAUGCUGCAGGAGGAGAAGAGGCUGCGCAUGGCCUACCUGCGGGCCGAAGACUCUGAGCGAGAGAAGUUCUCCCUCUUCUCGGCGGCCGUGCGGGAAAGCCACGAGAAGGAGCGCACGCGGGCCGAGAGGACCAAGAACUGGUCCCUCAUCGGGUCGGUCCUGGGGGCCCUGAUCGGCGUGGCCGGCUCCACCUACGUGAACCGCGUGCGGCUGCAGGAGCUGAAGGCCUUGCUGCUGGAGGCCCAGAAGGGGCCCGUGAGCCUCCAGGAAGCCAUUCGGGAACAGGCGUCCAGCUACUCCCUCCAGCACCGGGACCUGCACGACCUCAUAGCGGACCUGAGGGGCCUGGUCCAGGCUGAGCCGGGGCCGAGCUCCGGGGCCCAGGCGGGGACCCCCGCCCGGGACAGUGAUGCCGACGCCCUCUCAGCCGCCCUGAGAGAGCAGCUCAGCCACUCCCGGCAGGUCCGUUCUUGUCUGGAGGGUCUGCGAGAGCAGCUCGACCGCCUGGAGAAGACUUUCGGCCAAGUGGCCGGGGUGGUGCAGCUUGCGAAGACCGCCGACCCGGUUCUGCCUGGCUCUGCGCUGGAGCCGGGGGGCCUGGUCUUGGUGCUGCCGGACAUGGAGCAGCGGCUGGAAGCCCAGGUCAACAGGAACACCAUCUACAGCACGCUGGUCACCUGCCUGACGAUCGUGGCCACCAUGCCAAUGCUCUACGUGCUGUUCAGGGCCAGCUAGCCCGGACGGCUCCGAGGGCCUCGGCUGGCUGGUGUGGAUGCAGUAGAGGGUCCUGGUGGGGAAGUGAAUCUUGGGGGACACACGCCGCCUCAGCCUGAGCCGGGUACCGUCUGUGUGGUGCCUGGCAGACGGACACAUUUUCCUUCUUGGGCAGUGCUCAUCUAUAUUAAUUAUGAAGACUUUGUGCUAACAUCUCAUUAACAUGUCUUUGCGUUUAUGUUAUUUAAAGUAAUUUAUAUCAA